CUCAAGUUCAAAACUUUCCUCUUCCAGUGCGAUAAUUGUUGCUUGUAAUCCAAAGUGAGCACUUGUGCAGGACGGUCGAACGCUCUUAGAACGCUAGAAGUUAGAAUCCGGUGGCAAUGUUUAGAAUCUUAGUUCCGUUAAUGGUGGCACUUUGCUGCUUGAAGUCCGGUCUGGGUCAAGAAGGUGUAAAAACAUGGCAAAAAGGUGGCGGUGGCGGUGUCAAAGGUGGUCACAUGGUGGCUUUCAAUCAUUCAGUUGUUUUGGAGGAUCAUCCCGUCGGAACGAUGGAAAUGGCGAAUCUUCAUCGUGCCAACGAGUCCCAAAGUGCCCUGGAUCGAUUCAUGAACAAAACCAAAAGUGUGAUUCCCAAGGGAGUCUGUUUCGAAGAGGUGCCAACCAUUACUCUGGUGAAACCAAAAAACGGGAUACUUCCAGCAGGAAAUGGGUCUGAUCCAUCGUUGAGCCGCGUCCAGGUAUGCUGCAAGGGCUACGAACGGAAUGUCCACAACUUCCGCAAGUGUGACCCUGUCUGUGAAGAACCGUGCUACAAUGGGCUGUGCGUCGGCCCUAACACUUGCGCUUGCUAUCCGGACUUUGUGAACAACCACCAGGGCAAAUGUGUCCCGACUUGCCCCAUCGGUUGCGACAAUGGCGAGUGCAAUUUGGAGCUAGAUGUUUGUGUGUGCAAGGAUGGGUAUGAGCUGGACGUGACGCACAAAUUCUGUGUGCCAAGUUGCUCCGCUGGAUGUGGCGCAGGACGAUGUGUUGCCCCGGGAAAGUGCGAGUGUAACGAAGGAUAUGCGCCGAAUAAAGAGGGUGAGUGCGUUCCGAAAUGUGAACCCGAUUGCGGAGGAAAUGCAAACUGUGUUGCACCGGGAAUUUGCCAGUGUAAGCCGCAGUACGAGAAAACGGAAACCGGAUGCGAGCCGAUCUGUUCGGAUGGUUGCUUCAACGGAAUCUGUACCGCACCAGAAAAAUGCACCUGCAAACCGGGCUACAAAAUGGGCCUCUCCGGAAAUAAAUGUGACGCCACGUGUGAGCAGCCCUGCAUGAAUGGCGUCUGCACCGGACCCAACACUUGCUCGUGCCAUCGCGGAUACAUUCUGGACGAGAGCAAUGUGUUCAAAUGUCUUCCACACUGCCCCAACGGAUGUCCCAACGGAGUUUGUUCCGGACCAAACAUGUGCCUGUGCAACGCCGGCUUCAUCAAGGAUCGUAGCCUAAAAGGAAGUCAAGCAUGCAUAAAACGAAUCUGAAUGACCCCAUUCUGAUGUGAAAAAUUGUCAAACAAAUGUGUGCUAAAUGAACUUCAAAGCAAAUAAAGAGAACAGAAUUGCAA